AUGUCACAAAUGAAUUCAAUACGUAUUCCAUUUCAAUGGCAUCAUGUCAAUGUCUUUACCUUUGGUAAAUCAUCUCUAUAUGGCUACGACUCGUCAAAUCAUUGUUUGUUUGUUCAUUCAUCGAUAACAUUAAAUAAUACGACAGAUUUCGGAUUUGACCGCCUUCAUCUUUCAUCAUCACCAACAUGGCCGAUUCGAAAAUUGAUCCUUAACGAAGAUGAAACCAUUCUUGCGUUGAUAGCUGAUAAACUUGUCUAUCUUAUUUUCUUAUCACAGUCACAUCAUGAGACACACAUUCGUUCACCUUCAAAAGGAUCUCGUCUGUGUCCGAUACUUCGUGUUCCACCCUCGACAUCAUCUGCGUCUGUUAAUUGUUCAUUAAUUGACUUCGUUUGGUUAACAGUCAAUCAUUUUGCUAUCGUUUAUUCGGUUCCAUCUGCUUCUGAUUGUUAUCUUUAUCAUAUUCGGUCAUCGAAAGCCGAUGGACUUGAACACAUCCAUAAAUUUUCUAUCGGCAAAUCUUCAAACACGAAAUUCAACACACCGAGUAAAAAAAUAUCUCUCCAUCAGCCAUCCGACAUCAUCAAACUAGAUGUAACGAAGAAACAAACAAAAGAAUCAACAUCAAUCCUUUUCUUCGCAAUGAAAACCGACGGUGAUAUCUUUCUUUUCGAAAUCGAGGAAGAUCAAUUGUUGAAGAAUCACAUCGACGAAGACUUUCACGGUCCUGUUCGUAUUCUUCCCUCAGCUUUUGACAACUACGGUGCUGGACAAAAUCAAUCGACGUUAGUCUGUUUAGCACCAUCCUCUUGUCCACUAGCUAUCUUUACACCGAAUCGAACUCAACUUCAUCAAUGUAUGAUCUUGUCGCCAUCGAUCAAUCAACAUCAUCUAUUCACGAUCGAUUGUUUGACUUUCCCAAACAGUGAUCUUGGACUAAUUGUUACAUCGAUUCUUCCGGAUCGAUUUGCGCCGAAUAGAUAUUAUAUUACAGAUUCGAAUGCGAAUAUCUAUGUAGUAGAAAUUGCCUGGGUCGAUCAAGUUCAACAAGGUUCCAAGCAACUCCAACCGACACAAAUUCAACAAUUGAUCAACGGUGCGAAUUUGAACAAUAAAAUUACAAAUGAAAUCGAACAGCUUGGUUCAAUACACAUCGAUAACAAUGGACACUAUCUGGCUGCCAUCGUUCGAUCGCAAAGCAACACAGAAAAGGAAUUGAUUCUGAUUCGUUCACAAGUAUCGAGUUCAGCGAGCAAUAGUGAUACUACCGUAUCGGAAAGCAAACCUUCGCAGUUUCUCACUCGUAUUCGUUCGAUACUUGCUCGCGACCAAUCCGUUCCAUUUGUGACACUUCGAUCUUCAUCAACGAAACUCUCCGAUUCUGAUUUAGAGAAAAACGUUCUUCAAUACAUGAAAAUAUUCACCGAACAAUAUAUUCAAAAACAAGACAAAGUGCGUCGAGAAAUCGACGAUAAACAACGUUACUUAGUCGAAGUUCAUCAAACACAAUUGAAUGAGAACAAACAAUUAACAGAUAGGUUCCAGGAGAUACAAAAUCAAUUCGAAAACUCAAUGAAACUCUACCGACAAGAAUGUUCACGUCGAAAACGAUUAUCGUCACGUAUCGACGAUCUCUUAUCUACGAUUGAACAAUCUAUACCAGUUCUAUCGGAUGAAGAAAUACGAAUGCAACAGCAAUUAGAAACUUAUCAAAUACAAAUCGAUUGUUUAACCCAACAAAUUCAACAGAUUCAAGAAUUCAUUUCAUUCAAUCAGAGUCAAAGUCAGUCAGACAACUUAUCCAUGGAAAAUAUACAAGAUGUGGUUCGAAAUCAUCGAAUUCAAAUUAAUCAAAUGAAACAGCAAUUAGAUAAUAUCCAAACUCAUCAAUAA